AAAACUAGAGCAUAAUUUGCCUAAACUUUUAAAUACCAAACCAAAUAAAUUACAAAAUAAAGAAAAUGGCCCUAAAGUUUGUUAUCUUCGCCUCUGCGCUAUGCUUAUCGUUGGCAUAUCCUUUGGAUCAUCAAUACUACGAGGGAGGCCAUGAGCCUUCCUACGAACAUGAAAUUUCCCAUGAUUAUGGACAUGGCCAUCAACUUGCCCGCGUCUCACUUGGUGAGGAACACGGUUAUGGCCAUGAGGAACAUCAUGAAGACGAACAUGUCGAUUAUUAUGCUCCCCCUAAAUAUGCUUUCAAAUAUGGAGUAAAUGAUUAUCACACCGGUGAUGUCAAGUCGCAGCAUGAAACUCGUGAAGGCGAUUCAGUAAAGGGCCAAUACUCUUUGGUUGAACCUGAUGGCUCCAUUCGUACCGUAGACUAUACCGCCGACAAACACAAUGGCUUCAAUGCUGUCGUCCACAAGACAGCUCCCGUCCAUCAUCACGAAGAGGCACAUGAACAUCACUAUUAG